UCGAAGCAGAGCAAGGAGAGGGCAGAAAGCAGAGGAAUCGCUAUCGGUUUUUAUUAUGCUCUAUUUGGUCAAUAUUUGUGUAUCUAACCGGUCGGACUCAUGGUGAAAAGAAAGAAGACGUCGCCCGGUACCGAAGAGCAUGAAAAUGGCAUGACACCAGGCUCCAGGGAGGGGAUCGGUGUCGAUGGGAGGAGGAAUCCGUCCAGAAAGCCCGAAGGAGACGAGGAGGAGAGCGGAGAGCAGGCGAGCGAGGAGCGCAGUACAAAGGGAGACGACGGAGAGGAGCUCCUUAAUCCAUCAGCUCUCAGCCCCGGUACAGCUCCACUUCUCCCCGCCUCACCUCCGAACCGAGCCGCCCUGAGCUCCAACCAGCAUCCCCAGACCUCCACCGAACCCACCCCUCAGUGCCAGGACCAGCAUCAUUUUCUGCGAUCCAGCGUCAGACCUCCGAGCAAACGGAUACGGAAGGAUUCAAUCGGCUCGGCCAUCAAUGGACAUGGCGGGGCAAAAUCGAAAGGGGCAGAGAACGGCUCUUCCUCUCAAGGGACACUGGGACCGUCAGGGCCGAUGGUUGGCUCCGCGGGCAGUGUGUCAAAGACGUCGAAGGGCCAGGGGUCCACUGAGAAGGAGGAGCAAACUGGGAACCAGAAGAGGGCCAGAAGACAGUGGGAGUCAUGGAGCGCUGAGGACAAAAACAGCUUUUUUGAGGGUCUCUAUGAGCAUGGGAAGGAUUUUGAGGCUAUCCAGAACAACAUUGCAAUGAAGUACAAGAAAAGAGGCAAACCAGCCAACAUGGUGAAGAACAAGGAGCAGGUCCGACACUUCUACUACCGCACCUGGCACAAGAUCUCCAAACACAUCGACUUUGCCAGCGUUUACUCCAGGGCUCUGAAGAAAUCCUCACAAGAGCUCUACGGUCUCAUCUGCUACGCCGAGCUGCGUAAAAAAGUCGGAGGCUUAAUGGAUGAUAAGAACGUGGCGAAGCUCAACGAACUCAUCCAGCAGGGGGCCACCACCGUUCGCUCCAAAGGGAGGAACCUGCGGAUCAAAGCGCCAAUGUGCCGCGCUCUGAAGAAGCUCUGUGACCCUGAUGGAGUGAGUGACGAGGAGGACCAGAAGCCGGUGCGUCUCCCCUUAAAAGUUGCUGUGGAGCUGCAACCACGCAGUAACCACUCCUGGGCACGAGUUCAGAGCCUGGCCCACAACCCUCGCCUCAGGAUGGUGGUGGAGCUCCACAGAAAAGUCUCCAGCCUGAUUGAGUAUCUGAAACAGAAGUGGGCGUAUCAUGACCAGCGGAUUCUGAAGAGUCUGAUGGAGAGAGAAGCUCUGGAAGGUAGUCAGUCCAGCUCAACGUCUCCCAGUAAAUCCCAGCAGGAAGAUCUCUUUCUGUUCCCCGCUGAGAGCAGCACUUUGACCGCUCUACCCGGUGUAGCUCGUGUGGUUCACUCUAAAGCGUCCUGCACCGUUCACUGGCAGGAGAGUGGCAAGAACCGACCAAACACCAAGGAAUUGCCGGCUGCUCAGAUUCUGGGUAUCCACACGGCUCCUACGCUUAAGACUGGACCCAAAGCUGGACGAGGAGGCCCUGGUGCUACUGGUGGGGCUCCUGUGACUGUGUUUGGUGAGAAUCCACAGGACAGUUCUCCAAAGGUAGAGGAAAGGAGACCCCCGCCUUCUCUCUCUCAGAACAGUUUGGCUCCAUGUGAAGAGGGGAUUGGGUUUGGGGCUUCUGAAGGGGUCCCUGAUGUGGAAUCCAGUGGGAGCCUUGCAGCAUCUAAAAGUGUGGAGAUGUUCUGUAGUACUUCAGAGGGUUCAUCAGAUCAUUAUAAAGAGGAGCAGAGCGCCAUCAUGUCCUCGCCAGAGGCUCAUCAGACUCCUCCAUCCAAACUCUCUGCUGCUCUCAGCUCAGAGGAGGGGGUGUCACAGAGCUCUGCUCUCCCUGCCAAAGAACGGGCAGUGGAGCAGAUCAGGGAGGAGGGCUGGAGCAGCCGUGAUGCAGAGAACGUCACUCUGGCUGAGCUCUAUCUGAUGUUUGGGAAGCCUGGGAAGCUGCAGCUGGAGUACGAGUGGCAGCGGCCGGUCGCUUCUGUGAACACAGAGGACGGACAAACGUCUGCACACCCCAGACCACACCGGACCAACCGGGUUCUACGCUGCCUGCUCAAACUGGUCGCUACUGAAGUCAACCCUAAACCUUUGGCUCCAGAGCUCUGCUCCACGGCCACAUCUCCCCUAAAGACCCCUCAGGAGGAGCAAACCCAGGCCCUCACUCCUCCUGGGAAGGGUCUCAUACCCGGAGUCCGCAGCCCCAACUGUGGACGACAGCCGGCGUCUGUCCGAGGGGCUCGGUUACAUCUGCCAAACGCUGGAGCCUCAGGCGGACGCUGCCUCCCUCGCUCUCUGCUGGGGCCAACGGCGGGCAGCGACUCAGAGGGCGGCGUGUUCGCAGUCCCCACCACGCUGCCUCCAAACAGCUCCCGACACAACAGAAUGUUCUCUCCAAACAAAGAGGCGGAGCUCGCCUUCAAACAGCAGCUCGACUCCAUCAGUAUGCAGUCCGAUCUUUUCCUCUCCAGACAAAGAAAACCUCGAAACAGACAACUCCGAAAACCACUCGUAGUUCAACGAACACUCCUUCCUCGGACGACAGGAGAUACUCCUCAGCACGUCUGCUCCUUCUCCAUCCUCUCCAACUCUUCAGCUACAGGAACCGGAUCCUUCCGGCCGAUCAACACUCGCUUGGCUCCUCCCACCCGCCCCCUCCUGUCCAAAACUUCCCCUGCUGUGACAGGCUCUGCUACAGCCAGCCAGCUCUCCAGUGCCAUCGACCUGGCAGCCAAGUCUGCAGGAAUCAUCCCCAGCAGUCCUCAACGGGAUCAGAACUCCACUGUUGACAACAACGACCUUCUCCCCUCCGCUUCCAUCACUGAAACUGAUCCAGACCCUCAGCUGAUCCAGCACCACGCCCCUGAGAACGGCGUUCCUCCUCCAUCUCCUGGAGUCACCGGAGGAGGAGAUUCCCUCCUCUCUCCACCGAGCGUCGCCUCCCUCCUCGACAUCUCGCUCCCCGGUCCUCCUGAGGAGGCUCUGGCCCCUGGAGAGCCUCAGACUCACAUCAGCGACUCGAUCAUCGAGCUGGCCAUCAACUCCGCUCACUACAGUGAAGAGGCGGCGCUCUCUCCAGCCAAACUGAGCAACAACGACAGUUCCAAACUUUUAUCCUCGUCUCCCUCGGUCAGCCCAUCCCGAGGCUGGAUCCCCUCGCCCAGCCACGACCCUCAGUGGUACCCCAGCGACUCCUCUGACUCCACACUGGGAUGCCUCCUCUCCAGCAUGGUCUCUCCUGAUAAGAGCAGGCGGACCUCCCUAACCCCCUCUGGCCCCUCCAGUGGCACGGCUUUGCUCGGCCCCAGCCUCCUGGACUGCAACUCCCAUGAUUCCUUUCAGUCCCGUGGCCUUCCUGAUGUGGCAGAGAUGGACUCUCAGCUCGCCUGUAUGAUGAGUGAGAGCAGCGUAGACUACAUCGCUCGCUUCAAUGACCUGGCUCAGGAACUGGCUGUGACGGAGCCCUCCCUCCCCCCGCCUUGAGGAGAAGACGACCCCGGCUUCACUUACCAGCGAGGUCACGAGGAGCUGGGCGACCUGAGGAGUGACUGGAACAUGGCCGCGCUAUCGCUCACUCUCUGGAGAGAGGAGCGGCGUGCAGGAACACAAAGCCCCUAGAGCCAUCCCUGGCCUGUUUGUUAAAGUGCAAUAAUAACGUUAAACCUUGAUUCUUCUUCAAGGAGACGCUGAAACAAGUUUGUUUCUGUAAGGUGGAACGCUCUUUAAAAGAAACACUUUAGAAGAAGACCUGCGUUUACAAACACAACCUCAUGUUAAGGAAAUACUAUGCCAUACCUGAACAAAGACUCACUGAUCUUUA